AAAAUAGAGAAUGUCAUCAUGCAUGAUGAGAAUGUCCCAUGGAUAACAAUAAUAAGGGUUCUUGUUUAUUUCAGACAGGUGAUAUUUAACAUUCCCUUGAACAAAUGAACAUAGGAAGUCUUCCAUUACCUCCGCUCAUCAAGAAUAGGUUGUAUGAAGCUGGGUUUGUCAUCUUCGAUGAUUUGAAUGGGUUAAAACCAUCUCAACUUUCAAGAGAAAUUGAUUGUUCUCUAGAAGAAGCGCACGAGGUGUUGAAGACACUUGAAAAUGUGACAGAAGCUCGCUUCUCAUUAAAACAUGGGAAGACCAGUAGCAAGACGGCUCUUGAGAUUCUCCAGGAGGAGAGUAAGCUACCGAGUGUCAUUACAUUCUGUGAAGAGAUGGAUAAUAUGCUAGGGGGCGGUAUUCCACUCGGGAAGACAACAGAAAUCUGUGGUGCACCAGGUGUAGGUAAAACACAAAUAUGUAUUCAACUAGCUGUUGAUGUACAAAUCCCAGAAGAAUUUGGUGGGCUUGAAGGGGAGGCGAUGUAUAUUGAUACUGAAGGGAGUUUUAUGGUUGAAAGAGCAUCAGAGAUUGCAAAGGCUGUAGUGGAGCAUUGUGGAAAUGUUGCUGCAAGUCAAAACAAUAAUGUACAACUGAAGUCAAUGGAAAAGUUCACAGAAGAUGGUAUUCUUGCUGGGAUUCAUUAUACAAGAUGCCAAGACUAUAUUGAACUCAUUGCUUUCAUCAACACCUUGCCAAAAUUUCUCAGCAACCAUCCUAAGGUUCGACUCAUUGUGAUAGACAGUGUUGCAUUCCACUUCCGACAUGAUAUUGAAAAUUUAUCUUUAAGGACACGACUUUUGAACGGACUAGCACAGAAUCUCAUUAAACUGGCAAUGGAAAAUACAGUUGCAGUGGUACUAACAAACCAAAUGACUACAAAGUUUGGCAGAGAGGAUGGAGGCUCUAAACUGAUUCCUGCUUUGGGGGAAAGCUGGGGGCAUGCUGCUACUGUUCGAUUAAUUCUCUAUUGGCAGGGAAACCAGAGGUUAGCAAUGCUCUACAAAUCACCAUCAAGACAAGAAAUGACAGUGCCAUACCAAGUGACGAACUGCGGUGUGCGAAGCAUUCCAUCUGGCGCAGUGCAGCACGGAAGUGUAAGUACAAACAUAUCCAAAAGUGAAGAAGAUGAAGAGAACCCACGAAAAAAGAGGAGAUUGGCACAAGACACUAAUUGAAUGAAAGAAAAUUUAACAAAAAGUUUUGUAAUCAUAUCUUGAAAUAAGAAUGUUGCAGAGUAUGAUGAUCGUUCAUGUGAAGAGGCUAGUACAUUGAUUGAUGGUACCAGCAUGGGGGGGGUGGUGUCCAGGGGGCGCAGGAUCUCCAUCAGGGGCUCUUAGGACCCCGUAGCGGAAUUACACUACUUUGAAAAUAAAAACGUUUUAUACAAUCUGGUAGUGCCAUUUCUGGGCAUUUAGAGAAAAAUGUGCACACAUCAGCCUCAAGUGACCCCUAGUAUAGUAAUGAGGUUACAUGCUCCAUGAAGGGACUGAGAUCAAUAUGGACCCCGUCGGUAAACUUGGACUUCUUGGUCUAUCUGUAAUUACUGUUAAAAUAGUAAUUAUAGAUUCACAGGGUAAUGAAGAUUAAAGUAAAUAAAAAUAGAAUUGAAUAAUAGCUUACAAUUACAUACUUAUGGACACCAAUACCUCUUGAUAUAUUUGGUGAGAUUGCAUCUGGGUGACAGCGAUGGCUCCAGAAAUUUGACGACAGGGGCUUCGAACCAAGGGGCUGAGUAGAGCUUCGAUCUGGGUCCAGGAAUAAAAGAAUCGCUGGUAGGGUUCACUGGGAGAGGUUUUUAUGGCUUAGUAUAGCCUGAAUUGUAAUUUUAAAACACUUUGCAAUUAAAAUAAUGUUAUUUGGAUAGGCAAAUUAUUCUUUGCCUCCCCGCUGGUGCCACCACUGUUUGGUGAUGGAUGAUUCUUCCAUCCAAAAACUUAAGAAACUUUGAAUAAUAACUGAAACUUAGAUUGUUGUCUUCCAACCAUUAAGUUAAAUGAAUUUUUUGUAGGUAAUAACAUAUUAUAAUUUCCAAGCUUAUAUUAGUUUAUUUUAAGGAGGCCUGUAACCAGAUUACAUUGUAAGUGUUUCCUAUGAGAUACAUAAUUUUGAAAGGAAUAUUUCACAAAUUAAUUUGCAAUAAUUAUUUUUAAUUGUUUGUAGUUUGAUUAAAAUCUUGCCAUAAAGUUUUA